UUCCUCCAUCUCUGUUGCUACUUCUUGGUUUCACACAUUCGAGAUAUUGAAGUGCCAAGGUUUAAGGGGUUAGUUGGUUGGGCAAUCGAUCACUGUGUUGAGACUGUUGGAUUGUUCUCGUAUGUGUUCUUUCAAUCGUUCGAUUGAAUGUGAGGACAUUUUUUUUGUAUUGGAUUGUUCUUGUAUGUGCUUUUUCAAUUGUCGAAUUGAUUGUGAUGUCAGUUUGUUUUGUACAUAUGUUAGCUUGCGAUACAUGAAGGAUAUGGAUGAUUGAAGUUGUGAAAUGUGGGGAACUGGGGAUCUAUAAUAUACUUGUGCUAUAUGUUAAUGUAGACAUUUAAGGUAUAGAAUUCACACCAAAAUUAAAUUUUUUUUUUUGUGGGAAACUUACUCAAAAUUAUAAUGAUACAAUUUCUACGAGAAAAUAGGUUCGAAUUCGAUUAUAUGUUAGGCGACUAGGCCUGAGCCUCGAGGCUGGCAGGUGUUAGUUGUUAAUAGCAAGUGAGUCACACCCUUCUUGCUUAAAGUGAGGACGACUAGGGUUAAGCAGUGCUUCAGACAGGUUGGCUUUGCGCCGCGUCCCCUUGUAGACUGCAAAAUGGCUUCAGAGAUGGGUGACUUUCAGAUUCUAACUCUUAAACAUAUUUGAGAGUGUGGGAGGCUUGUAUGCAAUAGGUGUAAAUUGGAAUUUUAGGAAUUGUUAUUUUGGUUGUUUUUUUUAGUAUGGAGACUUUCCCUCUUAGCCAAAGCUCAAACUAUAUCAAUAUACUAGUAUGCUGUUAUUGAAUUUUUUUAUCGAUUAACAAUUAGCCGAUUAGUCGGUUAAAAGUUAAUCACUAAACAAAAUACAACUAAUUGAAACCAAACCACUAAAACAUUAUCGAUUAUCGGUUAACAAAUCAUCACCGUUAUCGGUUCGAUUAUUAGUUAAAACCAAUUACCGACUAAACCUAAUUAAAAUCACGGUGGAUUGCAAGAUAUUUAUAUUUUGCUGUCUGUACUCUACUCUGUAACAGUUUGUCGUCCCCGCCGGGUCAGUGGCUAGAAUGAGUGGAUAUUUCCGCAUCAAAAAAGAAAGAUUCCGCUUUUGUGCUGGUUUUAAAUUGUUUUUCUAUGGCGCUCCCCCAAUCCUUUGCUAGCUUAGGCCCCACACCAUGGGCAGCACCAACCACUCGUUUCGAUCGUUACCUUCAAUCUUCAUCUUCUUCCCCGCACUCCCACUCAGUACUCUGCACUACCAGAGUCUGUCUGUACCCGUGAGAAGCUGAUAAUCGAAAAUUUUAGCUCAACCCUUACAAAAAGUUGAAACCUUUGUAUUGCCAUCUGCUCCCGUUAUAAAACUCUAGGCUUCUCCACCUCCCAUCAGUACCCCCAAAAGCGAGGAACAGCUAGAAAGUAGAGAGAUUGACGCAGUUGGGACUUGGGAGCUGUUAAACAUCAGAUCUCUCUCCGGGCUUGCAAUGGCGGAGCCGAAGAAGUACAUUUCGCAGCAGGAGCUCGCCAAGCACAACAAGGCGGGAGAUCUAUGGAUCUCUAUACAGGGCAAGAUCUACAAUGUCACCGAUUGGACCAAAACCCACCCAGGAGGCCAGCUCCCGCUGAUGAAUCUCGCCGGCCAGGACGCCUCCGACGCCUUCCUCGCUUUCCAUCCGGGCACCGCCUGGAAGCACCUCGACAGGUUCUUCACUGGCCACCAUCUCCAAGACUACACAGUCUCUGAGGUCUCCAAAGAUUACAGGAGGCUGGUAGCUGAGUUCUCGAAAUUGGGGCUUUUCGAGAAGAAAGGGCACGGCGUCCUAAUUUCGUUCGUCGUAAUGGCGGUGCUGUUUGCUAUGAGUCUCUACGGCAUCCUCUGCAGCGACAGCACUUGGGUUCAUUUGCUUUCUGCCGGGAUGUUAGGGUUUAUGUGGAUACAGAGCGGCUGGCUCGGGCACGAUUCUGGACAUUACCAGAUAAUGGCGACCCGCCGGCUGAAUCGGGUUGCUCAGCUGCUGGCUGGGAAUUGCCUUGCUGGGAUAAGCAUCGGGUGGUGGAAAUGGAACCACAAUGCCCACCACAUUGCCUGCAACAGCCUAGAUUUCGAUCCGGAUCUGCAGCACAUUCCGUUCUUCGCCGUCUCUUCCAAAUUGUUCAGCUCAAUGACGUCUCAUUUCUACGACAGGAAGCUGAGCUUCGACCCCGCCGCGAGGUUCCUGGUGAGUUAUCAGCACCUGACAUUUUACCCUGUGAUGUGCUUGGCCAGGAUCAAUCUGUUUGCGCAGUCGUUCGCUCUGCUGCUGUCCAAGAGAAGGGUGCCCAACAGGGUUCAAGAAAUCGUUGGCCUAAUUGUGUUCUGGAUUUGGUACCCUCUGCUUGUUUCUUGCCUGCCCAAUUUCGGGGAGAGGCUGAUGUUCGUGGUGGUGAGCUUCGCGGUCACUGGGAUUCAACAUGUUCAGUUCUGUCUCAACCACUUCUCCUCCAGUGUCUACGCCGGGCCACCUACUGGGAACGAUUGGUUCGAGAAGCAAGCGAAGGGGACGCUCGACAUAUCGUCUCCGUCUUGGAUGGAUUGGUUCCAUGGUGGAUUGCAGUUUCAGGUGGAGCACCAUCUGUUCCCUCGCCUGCCGAGGUGCCAGCUUCGAAAGGUGUCUCCAUUUGUUCAGGAGCUCUGCAAGAAGCACAACUUGCCCUACAACUGUGCCUCGUUCUGGAUGGCGAAUGUCUUCACCUACAACACACUCAGAGCCGUCGCGUUGCAAGCCAGGGACGUCUCCAAUCCUAUUCCAAAGAAUCUGGUGUGGGAAGCUCUCAACACUCAUGGUUGACGAUGGCAUGGGGGGGAUCUCUGAAGCUUUUUUCUGGAAUGUUUUCGGCUUCUGCGGCUCGAUGUAUUUGUUCCCCUGUGUGGCUGUGGCAUUGAUUCUUGCAUUUGGUUGUGUCACUUUGUACGCACGCUUUGGUUUUGUUGAUGUAAUGUGCUGAAGAUUUGUUCAUUCAGCUUUAGAAGAAUAAACUAUUUGCAGCUCUUGUACUCUGGGUCACCAUCAUGAACUUGUGACCUCGCGAUGUAAUGAUUUCAUUUAUGUUAAGGAGCCUUUUCAAAGGGGUUUAGGUACGGUCAAUUUCUUUCAAUUUGGUAUGCUUUUGAAUGCAACAUUUUGAAUAGGAGGUAUUUUGAAAAGAAAUGCUUGCAUUAUUCUAACUCGUUUGGAAGUUGUGAUUUCAAAUGGGGCAUUGAGUGAGCUAAUUCAUGUAUUUGUGAGAUUAAGUCGUUUUUUUUUUUUGCUUAUAUUGAACCAUAAUACAUGCAUUUACUUUUUGGAGGCACCACCACAAUCACUCAAAAUUGAGGGAUUAACAAUCUCUACUUUUUGUUGAGAUUCUUCACAAUAAUUCAAAAUUAAAUUU